AUGGACAGGGAGAAAGACAGACAGAUGGAAAGACAGAUGGAUGGAAACGGCUGGACAGAUGUCCAGGCAGACUUACGGCUGCGUGAGCAGAUAGACAGACAGACAGACGGCUGGGUGGACAGCUUGGGGACAUCAAAGCUCGUCAUCGUCACCUGCCAGGACCUCAGCGACACCCACGGCGCCUUCCAGGACCCGACUGUCCCUGAGUCACCGAGGAGUCACAGCCCUCGUCCCAACCCCGCCAUAAAUACGGCCCGGGGAUCCGACCUGCACUCCCCAACCCUCCUCAUCCUCACGGUGAGUCCGUCUGUCCUCGUUGGGGUGGAGGAGACGGACGAGUCCCGCAUCAUCGGUGGGAGGCCGUGCUCCAUCACACAGCGACCCUUCCAGGUGGCCCUGAUCAAGAAGGGACAAAUCCUGUGUGGGGGGAGUUUGGUGGACGCCCAGUGGGUCCUGACAGCUGCACACUGCAAGCAGCCCAGCAGAGACCUUCGGGUGCUGAUCGGGACGGACACCCUCCGUGAUGGGACAGGGGAGGUGAGGAGCAUCUCCCGCUCCAUCGUCCACCCCUCCUACAACCCCCGAAAGAACGACAACGACUUCAUGCUGCUGAGGCUCAACAAACCCGUGCGUUUCAGCAACAGCAUCAAAAAGAUCCGCCUGGCCACCAGGUGCCCCACGGACGGCAUGCGCUGCAGCGUGUCGGGGUGGGGGACCACCAGGUCCCCGGGAGCUCAGCUCCCCAAGGACCUGCAGUGCGCGGGGGUCCAGGCCUUUGGCAGGGAGAAGUGCAUGAGGGCAUACGGGAGGUCCAUCACCCCCAACAUGUUCUGCGCCGGCGUCCCCCAGGGCGGCGUCGAUUCGUGCCAGGGCGACUCUGGGGGCCCUCUGGUGUGCGACGGGGUCCUGCAGGGGGUGGUGUCCUGGGGCAUGGCCGUCUGCGGGCGCAAGGGGCAGCCUGGGGUCUACUCCAACGUGUGCCGUGCUCAGCCCUGGAUCCGGAGAUACAUCCGUGGGUAGACGGCCACGGGGGACGAGAACCGGAUCGUGGGGGGGCACAGCUGCCAGAAGAAACGCCACCCCCACCAGGUGGUCCUCCUGGGCCCCCAGAACAACAUCCACUGCGGGGGGGUCCUCAUCGACCGCCUCUGGGUGCUGACGGCCGCCCACUGCGACACCAAGAGCCCCAUCCCCAUCCGGAUGGGCGACCACAGCCUGAAGACGAAGGAGGGCACGGAGCAGUGCGUCACCUCGGCGCAGUCCUUCGUCCACCCCGAUUACGACGCCACCAGUCACGACAACGACAUCAUGCUCCUCAAGCUCCAGAAACCCGUCCGCUUCACGCAGCACGUCCAACCCGUCGCCCUCCCCAAAAAAUGUCCCCCCCCCGACACCGAGUGCGUCGUCUCCGGCUGGGGCAGCACAAGCAGCCCCGAAGGGAUCUGUGGGGCACGGUGUGUCCUGUCCCCCCUCCACGCUGACCUCGUCCCCUUGUCCCCAGGGUAUUUCCCCGAUGUCCUCCAGUGCGGCGUCGUCUACACCAUCACCAACGAGGAGUGCUCCAGGCUGUACCCCAAAGGGAUCACCAAGAACAUGCUCUGCGCAGGGCUCAGCUCGGGGGGCACCGACUCCUGCCAGGUGGGUCCGGCGCUUAUGGG